AAUUCAUGAUAGCGGAUUUAUUCGUUUUCUCAAUUCGAUUUCGUUUUUAUUAAAUUUCUUAAAUAAUUAAUAUAAAAGUGAUGCAUAUUAUAGAAAAACAAACAAUAUGGCUUUAAAAAAGGUUAAAGGUAACUUUGAGAGGAUGUUUGAUAAAAAUCUCACGGAUUUAGUGCGUGGGAUCCGAAAUAACAAAGAUAAUGAGGCAAAAUAUAUAGCACAAUGUAUGGAAGAAAUCAAGGUGGAAUUAAGACAAGAUAAUAUAGGAGUGAAAGCGAAUGCCGUCGCAAAACUAACAUAUCUCCAAAUGCUUGGAUAUGAUAUAUCUUGGGCUAUUUUUAAUAUUAUAGAAGUUAUGAGUUCAAAUAAGUUUACAUUCAAAAGGAUUGGGUAUUUAGCUGCUAGUCAAUCAUUCCAUGCAGAUUCCGAGUUACUUAUGUUAACUACUAAUAUGAUAAGAAAAGAUCUGAAUGCUCAAAAUCAAUAUGAAGCUGGACUUGCUUUAAGUGGGCUAAGUUGUUUUAUUUCACAUGACUUGGCAAGAGAUUUAGCUAAUGACAUUAUGACACUGAUGAGUUCAACUAAGCCUUACCUAAGAAUGAAAGCAGUGUUGAUGAUGUAUAAGGUAUUUUUAAGGUAUCCAGAAGCACUAAGGCCAGCAUUCCCUAAACUUAAAGAGAAAUUAGAAGACCCCGAUCCUGGUGUACAGUCGGCAGCUGUGAAUGUAGUGUGUGAAUUAGCGAGAAAGAAUCCUAAAAAUUAUUUAUCUUUAGCUCCAGUGUUCUUCAAACUGAUGACAACAUCGACUAAUAAUUGGAUGUUGAUAAAGAUUAUUAAAUUGUUUGGUGCCUUGACCCCAUUAGAGCCUCGACUUGGCAAGAAACUGAUAGAACCUUUAACUAAUUUAAUUCAUAGUACAUCGGCAAUGUCGUUACUGUACGAAUGCAUCAACACGGUGAUAGCAGUGCUGAUAAGCAUCAGCAGUGGAAUGCCAGGACACACUGCAUCAGUUCAAUUGUGUGUGCAGAAAUUAAGAAUACUCAUUGAAGAUAGCGAUCAGAAUUUGAAAUAUUUGGGUCUAUUGGCUAUGUCACGAAUAUUGAAAUCUCAUCCGAAGUCGGUGCAUGCUCACAAGGAUCUGGUAUUGGCCUGCCUAGAUGAUAAGGACGAAUCUAUAAGACUUAGGGCUUUAGGACUUUUAUACGGAAUGGUAUCGAAGAAGAAUCUAAUGGAAAUAGUGAAGAAGCUAAUGGCCCACAUGGAACGUGCGGAGGGGACGUUGUACCGGGACGAACUGUUAACUCGCAUGAUCGAGAUUUGUGCGCAGAAUAAUUACCAGCACGUCGUUGACUUCGAGUGGUACGUUACAGUACUCGCUGAACUCACGGAGAUGGAGACCAGCUCUAAACAUGGUUGCAUGAUAGCAUCCCAGCUGACGGAGGUGGGCGCGCGCGUGGCUGACGUGCGUGCGUUCGCAGCACGCGAAUGCAGUGCUAUGUGCGCCCGCGCAGCGGCCACGCCCCCCGGCCCCGCCUCUAGGGAGGUUCUAUAUGCGGCCGCGUAUGUCCUCUCCGAAUAUAGCACUGAGGAAUCGGUGAUGCGCGAGUCGAUCUCGUCCGUGCUUGGAUGCGCACGCACAGGGGGCGGGACGAUGCGAGCACGUGCCGUGUGCGUACACGCAGCCAUCAAGCUCAUUGCGAAACUGUUGUUGCUGUACGAGCAGAGAGGAGAACGGGAUAGUGCUGUUGAUGUGAUACAAGAAGCUCUGUCCAAUCUGAAGCCCCUGUUAUGUAGCGAGGACAUGGAAGUGCAAGAAAGGGCCCACAAUGCUACGGCGCUAUUAACAUUAGUACUGAAACGGAUUGACCCAACGGCUGACUUACACGAGACCGUCGAUACGUUGGUGGAACAUGACAGUAACGGUAUGACAAACGACGUAGAGCUGAACGGUGAGACCAUGAGCUUCAGUAAUGGUCUUCUAGAAGAGUUUGCGAGUUUGUUCGAAGGUGAAUUGAAGCCAGUCGCGCCAAAAGCGCAGAAGAAAGUGCCGAUGCCUGCCGACCUGGACCUAUCCCAAUGGCUGUCCCACGAGCGCUGGUCCUCGGACAGUUCCAGUUCCGAAGACGAGUGCAGCGCGGUGUUCACCGUGCCACAGCCUGACGCAAGGCCCGUCACGCAUCUAACGCAGGAUGAGCUGGAAAUGCUUCGCGAGGCCCGAAGACAGGAGCAAGCGAACAAUCCGCACUACCUCAAAGAUGACUCUCCGCGCUCGUAUCAACAAGAUGACAUCCCAAUCGCUGAGAUCGCUCUCGAAGUCCCCUUACAGGUGCAAUCUAAACGUUCUGACAAGUACUUAGUUUUGCGAGAGAGUUCCAAGAAGACAAAGAAAGAGAAGAGACCGACGAAGAAACGCAAGAGCAAGCAGAAACAUACCACGGAAUCGGACAGUGAUGAUGGCGAGACAGCCUUGACCCGUCGUCCCGAGGUGGAGGCGGGCGGCGAACUCCCGGAGGGGGCUGCGCUCUCAGACGAGGACACGCAGCCCACGGGAUCCGACCCCCACCGGGCCUUGGACUUGGAUCUUGACGUCCCACUACGCGAUGAAGAGUUACUCGUCACGAGGGUGAAACAAUACCCGGCGCCAGGGGAGAAAAUAACAUUGGAAAAAGCGAAGAAAGAGAAGAGAACAGAGAAAAAGAAGAGAUCAAAACCCAAAACUGAGGAUUUAAUACCGAUAACUGAUGUAAAUAAUGCAAAGGACAAGACUGAUAAACACAAGACCAAGACCAAGAAAGAUAAGGAUUCCAAGAAGAAGAAAUCUAAAAAAGACAAACACGGAACAAAACUCGGUUACGAAGAAGCCUUAGGUAUAUCCACGCCAAGCAAGGAGGUUAUUUAGUAUUAUCUAAUCCAGUGCAAUUUUACAACGCAUUUCUAAAUGUAAAUAAUAUUAUUUAUAUUUAUUGAUAUAUAUCAAUGUCGUCUAAUUCAAACAAAUAUUGCUUUUCAUUUAAUUCCGGUUUGAUAAUACGAAUCUUUACUCGAUAGUAAAAAAUAUAAGGACACGGUGGACAGCGCUCCGUGAGCGUAUUCGGAACUAAACGGAACGGAAUCGUACACAAGUGUAUUUUAGGAUUUAAAAAAAAAACCUCAGCCGAAAUCAAAUCAUGUGUUUCAAUUAGUCAUAUUAAGAAGGCACUUUUGAAAGGUAAUAAUGUUAAAAAAUACGCAAUUGCCCCGCCCAAAAGGUAUUUCAUAUGGAGAAGACUGGUCAAACUCCAAACUUUAAAAUAGUUUUUACAAUAAUUUGUAUACAUUGAUUUGAUUAUGUAAACCAUGUACCAAUGAAGGUCAUGUACAGUUCUCCACCUCUCCUGCCUUGCCACUGUCUCAGUGAUGGUAGAACCUAUAUGGACCGUUACUUAAUAAUCGGUCCAGCUAGUGGAGUUCAAGUAUGACGUAAGCGCUUUGGGGUGGGGGGGGGAGUAUAUUUGAUUUUCUAAUUUGGUGAUUACGUCAUCAGUAAUUAUUUCCCACACAUUGUCUAUGAAUAGUACCUUUAUCUAACAUUAAUUUCGAGAUCUUUCCUUACUUUUGCUGACAAGAGGGAAGGGGGGGGGGGUGUAUGAAUUGCAGUAUAUGUUAUUGCGUAAUACUUGAACGGCCCCCUUGCCGGUAACAAAUAUCUAAAAUUUCUGGACCGGCCAUGUAACAGGCCAAAAAAACUCAGGAUGCCCUGGUAAGUUUCGAAGAGUUGUUGUGUAGUAGUUAAAAAGAAUAGACAUCUGCCAAAUAAAAUACCACAAACUCCGAUAGUUUUGUCAGUUAUGUCAAUUUUGACAGUGACAUUUCAUACAACUUCCUACUUCAAUGUAGUUCCAAAACGUGUUUCCGUGUGUUGCCGCCAUUACGAAACAAUGGUUGACCUAUCAUAUAGUUUGUCAAUUGUGAAUAAAUAUAUCUAUAUAAAUAUUUACAUUAAGAAAUGCAACAAUCCACUAUUUCUAUUUGUAUUUAGAUUUAUGUAUAAUCAUGUACAGAUAAGAAAGAUUUAUUAAAGCAAUUCGUUUAA